GGGACCCCUAUCUCGUUUAACCUAGAUCCCCAAGUGGCCCCUAUCCGUCUAAAGGCUAGAAGGGUCCCGUUCGCCCUAAAGCCCAGGAUUGACCGGGAACUGGACAAGCUAGUAAACCAGGGAAUUCUAGUGCCAGUUGACCAUGCUAAGCAACGACAAGUUUUUGCCAAGCUAGACUUGGCCCAAGCCUAUCAACAGCUGCCCGUAAAUAGCAGCACAGCCGAAGCGCAGACAAUUGUGACACACAGAGGGGCUUUUAAGUGUACCCGGUUCCGGAUAGACAGGGAAGGGAUUCACCCCACUGAGAGCAAGGUACGGGCCAUCAGGAAGGCCCCGGUUCCAAAGACCAAAAUGGAGUUACAGGCAUUCUUAGGUCUGGUCAACUUCUACGCGGUAUUCUUACGGAAUAAGGCAACAGUAGCCGAGCCGCUGCAUAAAUUACUAGCAAAGACGGCUGCAUGGUCUUGGGGAAAGGCGGAAGCUAGGGCAUUCGAAGGGGUAAAGAAUCUACUAACAAGUGAUAGCCUUCUUAUCCAAUACAAUGGCACGCUGCCAUUAGUGUUAAGCUGCGAUGCAUCUCCCUAUGGGGUGGGGGCUGUGCUCAGCCACAGGUUACCAAAUGGCACAGAAGCCCCUAUUGCAUACUACUCCCGAACCAUGUCAUCAACUGAAAGGAAUUAUAGCCAGCUUGAUAAGGAAGCCUUGGCUAUAGUCGCAGGAGUAAAGAAAUUCCAUGAGUAUGUAUUUGGUCGUGAUUUUGAAAUCAUCACGGACCAUAGACCUUUGCAAGGUCUGCUGGCAGGCGACCGCCCAACGCCCGUGGCACUUUCGCCAAGACUGACCCGAUGGACUAUCUUCCUGGCAGCGUAUUCUUACAAAUUACUACACCGGCCAGGAAAGGAAUUAGGGCAUGCAGACGCCCUGAGCAGAUGCCCGUUACCAGAGACUAUCGAAGACCCCACUCCGGGGAUACCAGUACUGCUAAUUGACUCUUUGGACUCUGGCCCAGUCACAUCCAAAGAGGUGGCUCGGGCUUCGUAUAAGGACAUUACAAUAAGAACUGUAAUUGGUUGGGUACAAAGAGGUUGGCCUGCUGCGCCGGGCGAGCGUUUUAAAGAGUUUGUAAAAAAAUGUGGGGAACUCUCGGCCCAAGGGAGGUGCCUGCUAUGGGGGGAUCGAGUGGUGAUCCCGGAGAAAUUGAGGAAAAAGGUAUUGGAUCUCCUUCACGAAGGUCACCCAGGGAUCGUGCGAAUGAAGGGUCUAGCAAGAAGCUAUGUGUGGUGGCCCUUAAUGGACUCAGAAAUUGCUGAAAGGGUAGGGAAAUGCCAGGCCUGCCAGGAGUCCAGACCGCUACCCCCAACGGCCCCGAUUCGGGAAUGGGAGAGACCCCAGGGCCCCUGGUCUAGGAUUCAUAUCGAUUUUGCCGGCCCCUUCCACGGCCAAACCUUUCUGGUAGUAGUCGAUGCCUACUCCAAAUGGCUGGAAAUCAUUCUCAUGAGAUCCAUGACAGCCGAGGCCGUGAUCUCAGUCCUACGGCGCCUAUUUGUAACCCAUGGGUUGCCAGACACUUUAGUCUCCGAUAACGGCCCGCAAUUCACAGCAACCCAGUUUGAGGGGUACUUGGCAGAGGAGGGCAUCCGGCAUGCCCUCUCGGCGCCUUUCCACCCUGCGACGAACGGCCUUGCAGAACGUUUCGUUCGGAGCGCAAAGGAAGCAUUGUCCAGAAUCAAGCCAGGCGAUUGGCAAACAAAAAUCGAUACAUUCCUAGCAGUCCAACACAGAACCCCCUGUGUCACAACUGGCCGCAGCCCGGCCAAACUAUUAAUGGGUCGGAAGCUUAGGUGCCCACUAGACCGUUUAAACCCAAACUACACACCAGACGGUUACAAAGGGGCACACGGUAAAACAAGAGAGAUGGCAACAGGCGACCUAGUGUGGGCACACAACUACAGCGAGGGCCCGACCUGGCUAGCAGGAAAAAUCCUAGAAAAAACAGGACCAAAGUCAUAUCUAAUAGAGUUGGGGGAUGGCCAGGUAUGGAAGCGCCACAUA